AUGCCGUUUCUCCUCCGCCCAACGACGCCGUGUCUCCUCUUUCCGCCGCCGCUAUUUCUCCGACGGAGCUCUUCACUCUUACUCAAGCUUCCAAUCCAACCGUCUCCGAGACCUCUAAGAUCCGGGAAAUCCUCCGUUUUCCUUGUUCGAGUCAAUACAGCCGUCAAUUCGCUAAAACCCUUCGAGAAUGUUAAACCCUAUCUACAAUCGGAAUCGAGAACCAUCCUCGCUGGCUGGCUCUGCAACUUGGUCUCUGUUGUUUCGCUUUCCCAGAUUAUCCCCAGGAUCGGCUCCUUCACCUCCAACCUCAACGCAAACGCCGCGAGCCCAAUGAAGCUCAGAAACGCGGCUCUCGUGCUGGCGGCUCUGUUUCUGGCUAGGGUCGUCGCCGGUUAUCUGCAGCAGGCAGCCACUCCGAUCCUAGGGAGCUCAACGAUGGUGGAAACACGGCUACAGGAAAAAUGCUCGCUUGCGGAUAUCGUCGAGGACCUCCGUCUUCGCCAAGAGCAGCACUCCGACGAGCUCAAGGGACACGUCGAAUCACUUGAUGCUCGAUUUUCCAAGCUCGAAUCUUUCCUCUUCACUCAUCUGUCUAACGGAUCUACUCAACCACAACAACACCAGGAGUCGAGCUCGACCCUGUCGGCCAUGUUGUUUUCUCCGAGCUCUAGUCGGCCCCCAGAUCUGCCAGAUCGACCCGGUUACGACCAGAUCCGAACCGAGCGAGGACCCCAUAAGGCACCUCGUCCUCCCCUGCUCCCGAGCAGCUUAUCUUCCCGUCUCACGAAGGUUGGGUUCCCUAUGUUCAACGGCUCUAAGCUUCGCGAAUGGAUCUACCGGUGUGACCAGUUUUUCGGGUUGGAUAAUACCCCCAUGGAGCAGCGCGUCCCCCUCGCUUCGAUGCAUCUCGAGGACGAAGCCCUGGAAUGGCACCAUAACCUUAUCGCCGAGCGGUACGGGAUCCUACCUUCCUGGUCCGAUUACGUGGUGGAGAUUUCAAGCCGGUUUAGUGGAAUCAUCAACGACCCCUUAUCUGAGCUCAUUUCCCUGAAGCAAGGCAAUGACCCCAUCGAGGUUUAUCUGAAGAAGUUCGAGAGCGCACGUACCCGCGUCACUCUCACCGCCGCUCACGCUUUGAGCAUAUUUCUUACCAAUAUGCAGCCUCACCUUUCACUGCACGUCCGUCAGUUCACGGUCACCACUAUAGCAGAGGCAGCAAGGAUUGCGAAACUCCACGAGGCUGCCCUUGCUCAGACACCUCAGCGUCUUCUUCGAGCUCCCUUCAAUCCAUUGGUGAACGCUAAACACUCUGGACCUUCUUUCUCUAAAGGCCCGAGCUCUUCCCCGUUGCUUCCUCCACCAGAUGUCUCGCGUCCACCCAAACCGAGCUUUAUCCCUCGCUCCCUUGCGGAUAAAGCCCCUCGUAAGUUCACUUACCAGGAGAUGCAAGAUCGGCGUGCUCAGUGGCUCUGUAUGUUUUGCGAUGAAGCCUUCACCCCUGGCCAUCAGCUUAAACACAAGCGCUCCCAGAUUUACGUACUGGAGUGUGACGAUGAUGAUGAUGCAGCUGACGUGGUUCUUUUCCCUGAGAUAGCUCUGUUGCAAGUUCGUGAAAUCUGUGAUUCAGAGGCUGCAGAGGAUUCGGGUUUUAGAGAGAGAGAGUUAGAGUUCUUCGAAGGUGGGAAUGAGAUCUCAUCAGGAGAUAUUGCGUACCGUAUCACUGCCGAAGCUUCUGAAGUUGCUGACACCAUGUAUGCUCUUCUCAACACGGUUGUGCCCAGUGCUUUCCAGAUUUCUGCAAUGGCGACACAUAUGCUAGUUGCAAGUCCUGUUUUGACACUAGUCUCUGCAAUGGUGAUCCCAUCUGUUGCGCUUGUGAUAGCAUUUCUUGGUGACCGGCUUCGCAAGAUAUCAAGAAAGGCUCAGAUUGCCUCUGCUUCACUUUCUUUCUACUUGAAUGAGGUCCUUCCUGCAAUCUUGUUUGUGAAGGCUAAUAACGCAGAGUUCUCUGAGACUGUGAGGUUUCAGAGGUUUGCUCGUGCUGAUCUAUCUGAACGUUUUAAGAAGAAGUCACUUAUCCCUCAGAUUGUUCAAGUUAUCUAUCUUGGAUCAUUGUCGGUGUUUUGUGUUGGAGUGGUGACACUUGUAGGCUCUUCUUUAAGCUCUAGUGCGAUUGUGUCCUUUAUGACAUCAUUAGCUUUCUUGAUCGAGUCUGUCCAGGAUCUGGGAAAAGCUUAUAAUGAAUUGAAACAAGGAGAGCCAGCGAUAGAACGUUGGUUUGAUUUGGCCUCCUUAAAAUCCAAGGUGAUCGAGAGAGCUGAAGCCAUUCAAUUGGAAAAGGUUGCAGGCGAAGUUGAAUUACGCGAUAUUUCGUUUAAAUAUGGACAAGAGAUAAAGGCAAAACUGAUCAAAUUGCUUCUCCGCCUUUACGAACCUUCAUUUCGUUCUAUCUCUGUUGACAAAAAUGACAUCAAGGACAGCAUGUUGACUCUGUUUACAGGGACAGUUGCUGAAAACGUUGGGUACAGAGAUCUCACGACAGGAAUUGACAUGAAGAGAGUUGAGCUUGCUGCGAAAACUGCAAGCGCUGAUGAAUUUAUCAGAAAUCUACCAGGGGUUCAAGCUUAAGCGGAGGCCAGAGACAAAGGUGGGUCCGGCGAAAAAAGAGGAGGGAGCCACCGUGGCAGCAGCGGCAGCUCCAGCCGGCGGUGAGAAGAAGGACAAAGGUGCUGGUGAGAUUUUCCCAUCUUUGUUUUUGUCGAUUCUUUCGAAUAUCUCUGCAACAGACAUUGUUGUUUUUGAGCGAUGAUAUAGAUACUCUCAAAGUCUUUCAAAACAAAAUAUUAUGUGUGAAGAUCGAAAACCUAUAUCCCGUUACUCCCGUAUUUAUAGAAGAAGAUGAUUG